AUGUUAUGGGAGUCCGUCGCCGUCAAACUUCUUGUUGUCUUCUCCCUCAUCGCCUGGUGGCUCAAACCGCACAGCCGAACCCGACUCCAUAAAGCCUUUCUGAUCGUUGCUACCGUCCUGACUUGCUCGAUCUUGUCUCCCUCGUCAACUUCGAUUUUUUCCCGCUGGUGCUUCCACUGGUCCAUACACUACAUUCGACACUGGAGUCUGGAUCAGCUGCUCCUUCGACAUGCCAGCAUGUUGGUGACGGCAGCCGCAGUCUUAUGGCUGGUUCAUCGCGCCUCCAAGGUCCUUUCGAAGCCCAUCUCAGACCUCAUCAGUAUCCUCGGAGUCGACGUCCCCGAAGCCCCCGACGUAUCCCUCGCGGGUAUUCGAUCCGACGCUGCAACUCUUAGUUGGACGCGCCCGGCUCGCCCUGUGCAAAAGUUUUUGAUACAGGUGAACGGCGUUAACGUUGGUGAAUCGAGGCCAGAAGAAACCGCUAUUACCGUCACCGGCCUGAGGCCUAGUCAUUACUACAACGUCCGCGUCAUCGCCGUCGGUCCGAACAACUUUCAAUCCGGCAGUAAAGUCAUACGAUUACGCACGUACGCGGCAAAUGGGCGGCCAGAGCUGGGGAAUAACCGCCUGCCCGACAGCUUCCAAGAUCAGGAGCCCAGGACCGGGCAGUCCCAGUGCGCUGAAGACAAUGGCGGCCGUAGCCAGAUUCCUACGAUCGAGGCAGCGCCUUCCCACGAGCCCGGGUCGACUGCCGCAAGGGAAGGAUCCACGACGGCACCUGGGCAGAGACGCAAUACUGUCAAUCGUAAACACUCUCCAUCCACAGCAAGUCAAGAACAGCCCUCCAUCAAAGACUUGGCCGGCGACCAACCUGAAGCGUCAUUGAAGGACUUGGCCGACACAUUGGAGAGGACCAGAAAGGAUAUUGACGAGACAACGGCCCAGCAUGCUCAAGAGGAAAGCGAGUUCAAGCAGCUCGAGCAACAACUCAAGAAGGAGAGGGAGGACAAGAAGAGAGUACAGAAGGAGAAGGACGAUGCCACCGCGCAACUGAAGCAGAAAGUCAAGGCUACCUACGAGCAAAUGCGUCAGGCCAGCAAGGAGAAGGCCAGAAAGGAAAACCAGUUGAAGGAGAGAAAGGACAAGACCAAGAAGGUGCGCGACAAUAUCGAGAAGUGGAACAUCGACAUUGCCAACAUGCGCAAGACGCGCGAGGGUUAUGCUGCCGAGAAAGAAAGUCUGGAGCACGAUCGUGAUAUCAAGGUCGAGCAGUUGGAUAAAGAGAACUCUGCUCUGCAGGAAGAGUACGCUAAACUCGAGACCGAGCACAAGGAGAAGAAAGAGCAGCUCAAGGAACUUGAAGACGAACGCAAAAAACUUCCUGGCGGCGAGGAAGACGAUACCUGGCGAGAGGACGACCGAAAGAUGAAGAGGGAAUUCGAGGCCAGGCGACGCGAGCUUCAGAGCAAACUGAUCAUGGAGAACCGGAAGGCUACGCAACUCGACGGGCACUUGCAUGUUCUGAACGCUCAGUUGUACGCCCAAACUCAGCAAAACCUCAAUUUCUACAACCAGGCAAACUCAUCAGGCGUUGAUUUCGAGCAAACUCAGAUUAAGCGCAGAAGUCGCACCGGCAACUCACUCUCCAACGCUGCCGUUCCCUCCCCGACAGGACCUUACCCUUCAGAUUCUCCCUUCGGAGCCCCAAUGGGCUUUGGCAGCCGCUCGGCUUACGGCCCGUUUACAGAGAUGCAGGUACAUGAAGGCCCGCCUACCGAACAAUUUGCCGAUGCAGACAUAAGGGCUCUCACUGCAGGGGCCCCUCUGAGCCCGACAGCUACGAUGUUGCUGCCGUCGGGAAUUUUAGGCGAUGACUUCGACGAUGAACCUCCUAGUCCUGGGUCCUUUGCACGGAACAGCCCCUUCGCUCCUGAUCAGGACAACAAGGUCGAGUCGCCAGUAACUUCUGGACAGUCUAAAAGCGCUCAAUCGAGCCCCCCGGGGUCAUCCCACAAGCUUACUUUCCCUCCGUUGGCUCCAAAUAACGGCGACCGCGCCUCGCUCAACGACAUGACCAACUCGCCGGGAGCGCAGCCAUCGCCAUCUGGACACAGACUUGGAAACCUCUUCGCGUCUUUUCAACGCAAUAGGGGCGUCAAGUCUGGCGAAGAAGGUGGUCCACCACUUGGUAGCCUCAAACAUGGCCAAAGCCAGUCAUUCCCUCGACAAACCGAUGAUGCGGAGCCUACCAGGCGGCGAACUAGCUUUUCGUCAUACACCCAAAACCGCAAUUCGGCUGGUCCAGAGACGCUCGAUGGGAGUGGAUCGCUCGUGCCUAGAAGCAUGUUGACGUCGGCUAAGCGCUUCGUGCCCUUCAGCGGCGCCUUCGCAGAUCGCGACCCCAGCAGCCCUCGGCCUGCCUCCAUGGCAUCGGCAGAUCUGCCUCGUCCUUCCACCGACAGCGGUUCCGUUUGGAAUCGUCCAAGCGAGAAUAACCGGUUCUGGUCGGAUACUAGCCUGUGGACUUCGCGGAAUCCGUCCAGGCGACCUUCAAUCCACGGCUCUCCCGCAGCUCUUAAAACAACAUUGGCAUCGGCAGAUGAUGAGAUUCUGGACCAAAGAGAGCUCAAGCAUGCCAGUCAGGUUGGAGUCAUCGGGAGCAGACCGCCGGGCAACAGACAGACUCAAGAGUCGAAAGCCUCAUUGAGCCAGCGCCUCAAUCCGGCGGCACCGACUUUUAUUGGAGGCCUAUUCGGAUGGAAAGACAAGGAGAGCGACUCGGGCAAGGAUAAGGACAAGGCCAAGUCAAAGGAGAAAUCCAAGGACAAAGCUAAAGAGAAGGGCAAACCCCGGGAUGUAACCACUCCCAGCCUCGACUUGCCUCAGGGUUAUGAUUCUUCUCCGAACGAGUCCAGAAAGUCCCGCGAUGCCCUUUCGAUCCACACAACGGCUUCCAUCUCUGAGUCUCGAGAGUCUUUGACACUUGACCGGGCGCUGUCUAGCACGGUUUCUGAUUCAAACUCGAUGGCUAGGGAGGAGGAAAACGUCGUGCGCCGGCUCUUCAGGAAAGGAAGCUCCAGCAAGUUCGGCCUGACAUCUCGCCUGAGUAAGGAAUCCGGUCUCUUUAAGAAGGGCCCCGGAAGCACCACCAACUCGGACAAGAAUAUGUCGGCCGAUAGGUCCAGCUUCGGUGACAUCGACGACUACGACGAGGGACUGCUCGGUCGUAGCUACGAAAGUACGACUAGUAGCCCUGCUUUUGGUCCGCACAAGUCUAAGGAGACUAAGGAAAGCCGAAUGACUGGCUGGAGCAACAAAUUUUCCAUGAAGAAGAAGGGCAAAGACACCAAGGAAAGCCUUGAGCAGCAACGGGCCCUCGAAAGCGAACUUGAGGAGAAGGAGGACGUCUGA